CCACCGUCUCUUUGCUUUUAUUCUGAACUGUGCAACGAUGGUAGACACGAAAGAAAGAAUGACAGACAAAGAUAUAACUGCAGCAAGGAACAUAUUAGGUUGCAUAUUAUCUAAGUCGGACAAGCAAAACAUGGUCUCUGGGUCAAAUUCCAUCCCACCCCACCAUAUAAACAUUGGUAGCACAGUGAUUAGGGCAAUACACCAGGGAAUAAAAGCAAAUAUUGGCGUGGUUCUCCAAGUAAAAAUGCGCUUGUAUUGCUUUGGAGAGCAAACUAAUAUCAUCCUAAAAACAAGGAAACCUUAUUUAGUAUUGACCUCAUGAAGGUAAACUUUAAUU